AUGAAUAUCGAUAAAAUUUCGUCGUUCCAACGUAUUCUUCAACGCUACACAAACUCAGGGCUUUCAAACGAUGCGUUCCCAGUUAACACCCACCGCAGUCUCCACGUAACAAAAGCACCUUAUUCUUCUGAGAAUAAGAGCUACACUUGCAGAGCAUUGCGUGUUACGUGGUCAGGUGAAUUGGGUUGGGAGUUACAUAUACCGUCGUCGAAUGCUAUACAAGUUUAUAGGGCCUUAAGAACAGCGUCUGGUCUUACUAAUGGAGGAUGGCGAGCGCUUACUUCACUUAGUAUGGAAAAGGUUAGCUACCAUUUAUGGAACACAGAUCUACGGACAGAUGAUAACCCUGUGGAAGCAAAUCUUGCCUUCACCUGUCGCAAGAAUGGGGAUUACUUCGGCAACGAAUUUGUCACAAAAGCAAAAGUUGAGGGAGUCACUAAGAAAUACGCUUACUUUACUCUUGAUGAGAAGAUUCCGAUAUACGGUCAAGAAGCAAUAUACAGAAAUGGAGAGGUGGUAGGCUACUUGAGAAGAGGAGAUUACGCAUUCCACUUAGACAAACCCAUUGGCGUUGGUUACGUUACGAAUAAAGGAAAUAAAGUAACAUUAGAUUAUUUAAGCGAAGGUAUAUACGAAAUAGAAGUUAUGGGAAAGCGGUAUAAAGCAGCUUGUUACCCAAAAUCACCAUUUGAUCCUACAGGACAGAGAUUGCUAGGAAACUAUGGAGAUAUGGGAAUGGAUGAGAAUACUUUAACAAAAUAUGUAAUAUUGACAUGA